UCACGUCGUACGACACAGCGAAAUUAUUUAUCCUUUCACUUUACGCGCAGUGCAUUAUUCACGUUUAGCACACAAACAUCUGGGCGACAUUAUAAAGACACUUACACACUUCGACCUGAUUUGAAGAGCAGAACGACUUCGUGUCGGCGGCCGUAUGCAGCGGAAGUGAUUUUGAUGGAAACUGUUAAGUAACUUUUGACGAUCAGAAAACGAAACAGUCUCCACUGGCAGAGAGGCUGAUAUCCUCUUGCCUAUAUCCAUUCAGCCGGCGGAUUUCAGAUCUGGGGUCAGAUUCGUCCCAGUCUAUAAUCAAUCAUCUUCAUCCUCUUAUUGGUCUGUCACCGCAAGACAAGGAACUUCUACAACUGCUGCUGCAACUUUACCGCAUAGACUCCCGUUUUCAUCAACAAUUGACUGACAUCGAUGAUGGAUCGACAUGGACAAAUACCAAUGAUUCUUGCCCAUUUUGUCAUGGCCGUCUUGGUCGCUGUUGUCGCCACCGAGGAUGACGAUUCAGUUAAAUUGGAGAAGGUGUCGGUAUUGAGCGGGAGGACAGCCGAAUUGCCAUGCGACAUUACACCGCCAACUCUCGACUCCCUUUACCUCGUCCUGUGGUACAAAAACAACUCAGACUUUCCUAUUUACAAGUACGACGCUCGGCGUUCGCGAGAGAGCUACCGGCAGCAAGAAACUCAACGCGACAACCACAUGUUUUUGUUGCAGCAACAACAGCAGCACGGCCAAGAAUCAUCGGCCGGCCGAAUUCAUUUCCAAUUCGACAGUCAUCCCGCUCUUUUAUUAUUGAGCAAUGUGGGCGAUCCGGACGAGGGCGACUAUCGAUGCAGAGUUGACUUUGGUCGCUCACCAACGCGCAACGUUCUCGUACAGCUCACGGUUGUCGUGCCUCCGCAAAAAAUCCGCAUCAUCGAAGACAACCGACAAGUCUCGUCCGUCAUUGGUCCUUACGACGAAGGAGACCAACUCUCGCUCAACUGCAUCGUGACUGGAGGUCGACCACGUCCAGAGGUGAGCUGGUGGCUGAACGACAAAUUAGUGGACCACACUUACAUGGCCACGUCGGAGAAUGUCGUCCAGAAUAUCCUAGUGUUCCCGCAACUGGAACGACAUCAUUUGCACGCCAUUCUACGAUGCCAGGCGUCCAACUAUUUCGGUGUCCACAACAAUACGCCGCCCUUUGCCGUUCAAUCUUACGGGUACAAAAAGCAAAACCCGAAACACCAGCAUUCUUCAUCGUCUCAUCAUUCCAGACAUGCACAGCACACGAUUGUGUCCAGCGUUCAACUCGAUCUCAACCUUCGGCCGUUGUGGGUGUUGAUCAACGGCGCGGAAAAGUCACUAUCGGUCGGCAAAUCCUACACGUUCGAAUGUAUCACUGGCGGAUCUCGUCCCUCCGUCAACGUUCGCUGGUAUCUUCACUCCACCCAGCAGCCAUCCAAGGAGCGGGUAACGAUGGACGGUAGCAACACGACAAGCAUCUUGAAUCUGAUGCCUACGCCCAAGGACCAUGAUGCUGAACUGAUCUGCUUGGCCGUCAAUCCAGUUUUGCCUGUCGGAAACGCCAGCAUCGGCAAUAAUGGGACCAUUUCGUCCGUCGAGACCAGGCGAAGGCUCAUCGUACACUUUCCUCCGACAGCAGAAUUGGAACUGGGUCGCAAUCUGAAACCGGACUUGAUUGUUGAAGGCAAUGACGUCUACUUUGAAUGCCGCGUCAGCUCCAAUCCACUAGCUCAACGUUUUGUAUGGACUCAUGAGGGACAGACCAUACGGGAAAACGCAGCUGCUGGGGUUAUCAUUGUGGAACAAAGUUUGGUUAUCCGGGGAGUCUCUCGCUCUCAUUCCGGUCGUUAUUCCUGCACAGCGGUGAACACCGAAGGCAGUGGAGUCAGCAACACCGUCCAACUUCGCGUCAUGUUCCAGCCGGUCUGUCGUCCAGGUCAGAAAAUCUUGUACGGAGUGGCCAAACAUGAAAUGGUCGUCGUCCAGUGCCAAACAGACGCCAUUCCACCGGCCCAUUCGCACCGGUGGGCGUUUAAUACCUCCCUGUCAGACGUCGUCGAGUUACAGGACAAUCAAAUGUUUCAAACGACCAGCCUUAUUGAAGAAGGUGCAGAGGCGGACGGGACGAGCGUCAUUUCCUACUCGCCGCAAUCCGAUCGCGAUUACGGCAGCCUCAUCUGCUGGGCGCGCAACGUGAUUGGCGAGCAACGGGAGCCUUGCGUCUAUCGCAUUUUCCUCGGAGUGCGUCCGGAUCCACCGAGCAAUUGUUCGGUGUUGAAUCAAACGGCUGAGGCGGUGGAAGUUUGGUGCCGGCCGGGAUUCGACGGUGGUCACCCGCAACUGUUUCAAUUCGAAAUCUUCGAUACGCAGUCGGCCGUUCUCCUUUACAACAAAUCCGGACGGUAUCCGCAUUUGCGCGUCGGCAACCUCGAAUCCGGAAUCAAGCUCUUCAUUCAAGUUUCGGCAUUCAAUCAACGGGGUAGGUCACCACUUGUCCCUUUGGAGGCAUACACCAUCAAAAUCGCUGACAAACAAACAGUCAUAAUGGAGACGACAGAUUGGGCUUCUAUUUUGGGUAUUACUGGUGGCAUCUCCGCUGCGAUCCUUAUUGUGUACUUUGCCAUUGCUGUAACGUACAGGUCCCACCGUCAAAGUCAAGAUGGCCAUCAUCCAAAUAAAACCGACAACAGGUUAUCUAAUCUGAAAAUAACAACGAAUCCCGUCGAUCAGCACAACAACGACGAUCCCGAUAUCAUCAUUAAUAGUAAUUCUGUGCAGGAACAGCGGAGUCGCAUCUCAACGACUCCAAUCGAACAGAAAACUGAAGAAACUGAUAGGAACAACCCAUAUGAAUAUAAUUCCAUAACUACACGAAAUUAUCGCAGCCAUUGCGAUGUUGAGAAACCUUUCGACUCGGAUCGCGAUAUGCCAGUCUCGGUUGUCCGUCGGUCGCAUCAACGGCCAAAAUUAUCGUCCGAGUGAGUGUAGUACAUUGGAGGAGAUCUCCGUUCAAGCGCCUCAUCGACAGAAAUUCAACCGUCGUUUCACAAUUGUGGAUGGCGGACACAUUUUUUCUCGCCAAACUCAAAUCAGCGAGCUGUAGCGAUGGGUCGGCGCGAAGAGAGGAGCAUCACAUGCGCACUACCUCAACCACGGGCGAUAUUUGAAUAAACACCUUUACGGAUGUUAUCAAUAUUCCAAAUCUGGCAAAUCAUUUAGUUGGAUCGGUUUUCGUAUUGGACGCGGAAUGGACUACGUGACGUUACGUGACGCUCCAUCUCAUCCGAUAUGCAGAAAUAAUUCGCUCGUCGGUUGACACUGUAUAUUUCCUGUAUCUCAUUCGGUCACGAAAAGAUGUCGCUAAAUUCUAGCAUCAGUCAUUGCCAGAUCGGGAGAAGAUAAUGUUGUCGACGACGUGUGCCGGCCCCGAAAUUGUGCCUUUUGAAACAUAACUCUCCGAGUGAUACAAUUUAAAGAUGAAUCAAGGGCAAUCAGCAGUAUUCCCAACUUAUUGCUCCUUCUUUAAAUGAGCUUGAAUGUCUGCUGCGUCAAUUCAACACUUUGCUUUCAAUGUUCAAUGUCCAUACACAAAAAGAAACUA